CUCUGUACCUUUUGAGGACCAGUGUUCUAGAGCCUACUAGAGUAGGCUGUCAACUGUUUUGGGGCCCCUUUAACUGACUUUCUAAAAUAGUCACUUUCUGCAAGGUCUUAUAAGCCAGAUUUGGAAGAUCUGGAAACAAGAAUCCAGUCUGCUUAUACAGCAGAAAAUUUUUAUUUCCUGGCUUUGAAUUCCCAUAGAGCUUACCUAAGGAUCUCUCUAGCCCCUGAGCAGCAGCAAUCAUGAGUCUGGGAGUCAUGGAAGAGGAAGACCUGGCGGAGUACUUCCGCUUGCAGUAUGGGGAACGACUCCUGGAGUUGCUAAUGAAGUUCCCAUCAACAGAAGAGCAGUCACCAUCUCCAUCCAUCCGGCUCCUGGAGAAAAAGAAGGAGGCCAAAAUAAUGCAUCAAGCCAUGGAGGAAAAAAAGGAGACAUUUAAAAGGAGAAUGGAGGCCCUGAAUCUGCGCUGGGAGGAACUUGGAGUCAAGGAGGCCCAACUAAAGGCUCAUAUAAAGAAGUUUGAACAAUUUAUACAGGAAAAUGACCAGAAAAGAAUUCGAGCUUUGAAGAAAGCCAGCAAGGAGAGAGAAUUGAAGAGGCUGCGGGUGAAAGAAUUGUCUAAAGCAAAGCAAGAGAUGGCUGCCCUGAGACAGGAGCAUCAGAGGAUCAAUGCCAAGUUGCAGGACUAUUCUAUCUUCCAAAAGUACUUGGAGAAGGUAGUGGAGAACUCUGAGUUUGAGGAGAUCCAUGAGGUUAUUGGACGCUACAAGACACUUGUGAGCAUGCACUAUGACUUGAUGCAGUCGGCCCAAGAGGGGCAGGAGAAAAUUGAUCGGGCCAAGGCCAGGCUUACUCGAUAUGUAGAAGAAAAGGAUGAUGAGGUCCUCCAGCAUAACAAUGAGCUUGCAAGGUUGCAAAUGCGGUAUGAUCGAGCCCGUAGUGAUGUCAUCAUUUGGGAAUCUCGAUGGGCACAUAUCCAGAAUACAGCUGCCAAAAAAACACUGCUGUUGGGCACCAUCAAGAUGGCAACCUUGAAUCUCUUCCAAAUUGUGAGCAAGCAACUGAAGGAGACAACCCAAGUGCCCUUGGAGGAUACCCACAAGCAGCUAGACAUGAUCCAGGAGUUCAUCCAAGACCUGUCAGAUAUCUGGGCAGAGGUUAAGAAGAAGGAGCCUACAUCAACUAAAACAUAAAAAAGAAAACAAUAGUUCCCAGCCGUUCUGGGUCAAUACAACAUAAUGCUUUCAGCAUUUUGAUGGGCACCCCCCUUUCCCCUGAAUGAUGACUAUCUCUCCAUCAGAUACCCACUAAAUGUGAUUUCAAGAGUCAUUAAAUUCUAACCUGACAUGA